CAGUCCUGACUAUCAAAUUUUGGUCAUAAUUGUUCAUGAGACUGUAAUUGAGAAGUGCCUCUUCUUAAUUAACAAUGCUAUUGCUUGAAAAAAAUGUCAAAAAGGCUGAGAAGUCCUAUUUAUGACAUACAGCAAGAUAUGUGUGUUGGGACUGCCCAAAGCUUAAGCUGCAGUUCAGUAAGAUCUCUUCAGGUGAAGAAGUUGAGCAUCAUAAUAGAAAAUUUAUGUAUGAAGAUUUUGUCCCACCACCUUCAGUUGACUGGAGAAAGCUUGGGGUCGUAACUCCUGUUCAACAGCAGAUAAUUGAUGGGCCAUGCUGGGCCUUCUCAUCCAUUGGUUCUGUAGAAGGCAUUAAUGCAAUAGUGACUGGGCAGCUGAUUAAAUUAUCAGAACAACAAUUAAUUGACUGCAUUAAUAUAACCCAUGGAGCGUUUGAAGAAGGUGGCUUGCCUGCAAACGCCUUUUGGUAUAUAAAGCAAAAUAGGGGAGUUGUGCCUGCCGAGUCUUACCCAUAUGUUGCAAGGAAGUGCACUUGCAAAAUCUUUGAGGAUUAUAUGGUUACAAUUGAUGGUUAUCAAUUUGUUCCUCAAGAUGAAAAUUUACUGGAGAAAGCGGUUGCGAAUCAACCCGUCGUAGUUGAUGUCGCCAGUGGUGGCGCUCACGGAUGGAUGAGGAACUAUAAAGGAGUAAGCUAUCACUUGAAACAUUGAUAUGUAGUAUUCCAAAAAUGGCAUUAUAUCUUUUGAAUUUGAAUGAAAAUUUCUAUUUCAGGGCA